CACCGUGAUUCCCUUGUUACAAAGCGCCCACUUGCCAAGGCGAUAUAAGAAGAUAUCCCCACUUCCCGUCAAGUUCUGAUCUGGCACACCAUAGCUCCAACUUGAGCAUCUUCCCCCGCUCUCACUCACCAUGGCUACCUCGCGAGAUACGGGUGUUACCCCGCAAGACUUUGAGAGCUUCGACUUUGUCGUGGUAGGAGGCGGUACAGCCGGACUGGCCCUCGCAGCUCGCAUUGCCAAGUCUUCCUCUCUGUCGGUUGGUGUGCUCGAAGCUGGUCUUUGGCGCCCGGAAGAUCCCAAGAUCAAUACCCCUGCUCUGAUAGGGCAGAGCUUGAUGGACGCCGACUAUGACUGGCAACUGAUGACUGUCCCACAAAGCGAGUCUAACAAUCGCGAGUACGCUUGGCCCAGAGGCAAAAUCCUCGGCGGCUCGAGUGCGCUCAACUUUCUUGUGUGGCAAAGAGGUAGCAAGCACGAAUUCGAUGCCUGGGCAAAAUUCGGCAACAAGGGCUGGGACUGGGAAGGUCUGCUGCCCUACUUUAGACAUUCAGCAACCGUCGUCCCGCCCAGCUCACAGCUGCAGAAGGACAACUUCGCCGGCCUGGAAGAGGAUGCUCAUGGCACUGAUGGACCUGUCUCAGUCGCCUUCUCUGCCUGGUUCACAAAGCCACAACAGAGCUGGGCUUCUGCUCUCAAGGAGAUGGGUCUGAACAACAACGUUGAUGGCUUGCGAGGAGACAAUUCAGGAGUUUGGACAAGUCCAGCUACUCUUGACCCAAAGACCGGCCGACGCAGCUAUUCAGCUUCCGCUCACUACGAGCCAAAUCGUGGCAGAGAAAAUCUCAAGGUCCUUUGCGGAGCAGAAGCUACCCAGGUCAUUCUCGAGAACGGCAAGGCUGUCGGUGUCAAGUACAUGCACGGAGGCAAAGAGUAUUUUGUCAAUGCUGCAAAGGAAGUCGUCCUGUCUGGUGGUUCCAUCAACUCGCCCGCCCUGCUCGAGCUAUCUGGCAUUGGCUCGACUGAAGCCCUCAAGAGCGCCGGAGUUGUUCUUAAGGUCGAGCUCCCUGGUGUAGGCGCAAAUCUUCAGGAACACCUUUACUGUAGCUCUAGCUACGAGCUCGUGGAAGGAUUUGAGACAUGGUGCAAUCUGCGCCAGCCUGACUUUGCGAGCAAAGCCAUGGAGUCUUACAACUCGCAGGAUGUUGAUCGCGGUAUCCUCGCAUCCGCCUUCUCUGGAUUCGCUUUCCUGCCUCUUCAGAAGUACAUGUCGCCCCAGGAAAUCGAAGAGGUGAGGAAAGAAGUUGAUGGCCACCUCAAGAGCGGGUAUUACGCAAAUGAGCUGGAGAAGCAGUCUGUUCGAGAGGUCUUGGCCCAGCUUGACAAUCAGUCGAUCCCUCGAAUGGAGUACAUUUUUGCUCCAGGCUUCUUUGCGCAUGCCUCGGCUCCCAAGGAGAACAAGAAUUACUUUUCUAUCUUGUCAGCCCUUCAGUCGCCCUUCUCCCGAGGAAGCAUUCACAUCACGUCUGCUGACCACAGCAAGAAGCCAGCUAUUGACCCGAGGUACUUCAGCGUCAAAGCUGAUCUGAAGAUCAUGAGCAAGGCCAUGAAGAACUGCGACGCCGUGGUUGAGUCGGGGCACCUCAAGGAUCUGAUUGUCCGGAGGCAAGACCCUGACCCGGCCAAGUACAACUCCGAGGAGGACUUCGACGAGUUUGUGAAGGAUUACGCCCAGACGGAGUAUCAUCAUAUCGGCACUUGCAGCAUGGCUCCCAAGUCUGCAGGAGGGGUCGUCGACGAUCGCCUACGAGUCUACGGUGUUGAUGGUCUGCGCGUAGUCGAUGCAUCCAUCAUGCCUCUGAUGCCCUCAUCGCACAUCGUUGCCGUUGUGUAUGCUAUCGCUGAGAAGGCAGCGGCUAUGAUCUUGGAAGACCACCAGCUCGCGGCAAAGUACUGA